AAGCACUAGUUGCAUAACCCAUCCCACUUCUUCAUUUUACCUCCAUGGGUUUGUCACAUGUGAAUCACGGAAAGCACCUAAAAAAGUUGCCCCUCGCCCGUGUCAUCGCUCCUCCACCUUCCCUAUAUAAUCGCCCUUGGAGGGACUUACUGGUCGAACCCAAAAGUUUCACAGCCCCUACUGUAGUUCAACAAAUUUGGGCCCUCGACAUGUCAUUUUCCCGUAUGAAAAACUUCUUACAACGGUUUUGUGAUGAUGAGUUCCGCAUGGACAGUGUCACCCCCGGCGGUUUCUUCUCCAGUGAUCUCCUCCCAUCACUUGGAGCACGAAUCAAUCAAACCACUAGGCUUCGGAAGUACAUCAUCUCGCCUUAUACCCCUCGAUAUAGGGCAUGGGAGAUGUGGCUCAUUGUUCUGGUCCUUUAUUCAGCGUGGAUCUGCCCGUUUGAGUUCGCGUUUCUGACUUACAAAAUUGAUGCCCUUUUCAUCAUUGAUCAUAUCGUCAACGGGUUCUUUGCCAUUGACAUCAUUCUGACCUUUUUCGUGGCAUAUCUCGACAGCCAGUCCUAUCUCCUAGUCGAUGAUCCAAAGAAAAUUGCUCUCAGGUACUUGUCUACCUGGUUCAUUUUCGAUGUCUGCUCUACUGCACCAUUUCAGUUGAUUAGCCUCCUCUUCACCAAACAUAGCAGCGGGCUCGGCUUCAAAGCGCUCAAUAUGCUCCGGUUGUGGCGAUUACGGCGAGUCAGCGCUCUGUUUGCAAGAUUGGAAAAGGACAUUCGGUUCAACUACUUCUGGACACGGUGCACCAAGCUGACCUCUGUGACCCUCUUUGCCGUGCACUGCGCUGGAUGCUUCAAUUAUUUGAUUGCUGAUACAUACCCCGACCCGAAGAGAACUUGGAUCGGUGCAGUAAACCCGGAGUUCAAAACAGAGAGCCUCUGGGACAGAUACGUCUCCGCCAUAUAUUGGUCCAUUACCACAUUAACCACGACAGGCUACGGAGACUUGCAUGCAGAGAACCCCAGGGAGAUGCUAUUCGACAUAUUUUACAUGCUUUUCAACUUAGGACUGACAUCUUACCUCAUCGGUAACAUGACAAAUCUCGUCGUGCACUGGACCAGCCGCACCAGAAACUUCAGGGAUACGGUCAGAGCAGCUUCCGAAUUUGCUACACGAAAUCAGCUCCCCUCGUGUAUACAGGAUCAAAUGCUCUCUCACCUCUGUCUCAAGUUCAAAACUGAAAGCCUGAAGCAACAAGAGACCUUAAACAGCCUGCCCAAAGCCAUCCGUUCGAGCAUCGCAUACUACCUCUUCUUCCCAAUCGUUCAGAGCGCCUACCUGUUCAAAGGGGUGUCCCAUGACUUUCUUUUCCAGUUGGUGUCAGAAAUGGAGGCCGAGUAUUUUCCACCGAAGGAAGACGUGAUUUUGGCGAAUGAGGCUCCUACAGAUCUUUACAUACUUGUUUCAGGAGCAGCGGAUCUGAUAUCCAGCGUCGAAGGACACAAUCAAGUUCUUGAGAAGUUGGUCAGGGGGGAUGUGUUUGGGGAGAUCGGAGUUCUUUGCUACAGGCCACAGCCAUUCUCGAUGCGGACAACAGAGGUCUCGCAGAUACUGAGGUUAACUAGCACUUCACUGGUGAACAUCAUGCGGGUGAAUAAGGAAGAUGGUCAUGUCAUCAUGAACAACCUCUCCAUGAAAUUGAAAGAGUCAGAAAAAUUAAGGUUUGCGCACCCACGACAUGAUGGACCAAUCCAUGGUGAAUGGCUUGACAGAGGACAGCCUGAAGAGGCUUUUGUUUCCUCCAAAUAUGAAAACGACCCACAGGAAGACUCAAUAAUGCCGGAAACGCAGGAAUCCAAUCUCGUAAAUCCAGUCUCCACCAACAUCGGGAAACUGAAGAGCUGGGACCUGAGCAUUGAUGACAUCUUACUUUCUUCUUUCGAAGAUAAAAAGAUACCAGAGGAGCAUAGAAUCAACUUCAAUGGGCCAGAAAUUGGUAAGAACGCAAUAGAUGCCCAAUGCAAGCACGGAUCCCUUGGGGAACCAAAGUUAGGGAGAUUCGAGCUGAGAAAGUUGCCCAGAGUUCCCGAACCAAACAAAGAGAGGUUUUCAUCCAAAGGUGUAGUAAAACAAUCAACCAAGAAAAGAGUCACCAUCCAUAUGCAGGUCCCAAGAGAUGGUAGUUCAUCAUUGAGACAGCCUACAAAGUUGAUAGUCCUGCCGGAUUCGAUAGAAGAUCUGCUAAGAGUUGCUGGAGAAAAGUUUGGAUGCGACCCCCGAACCACAAAGUUAGUAAAUGCAGAGAACGCCGAAAUAGAUGACAUUGAAGUCAUUCGAGACCAUGAUCAUUUGUUUUUCCUUGAAAACAUGGGCUAUCCAGUGACAUGACAAACCAUUGCCGGAGUGUAUGCAUUGCCAUUAGCCUCCAGCUUGUAACCUUUAGGUAAUGUGUAUAUUGAUCGGUCCACAAAAAAUUUACUACCUUAAUGUUCGAGUAUUGACCGGCCGGGCCAACUAAUGUAGAAUAAUUUAGCCAACUCAAUGAGAAGUACGUCCCUCUUCGUCGA